CCGGGCGUGUGGAUGCGGCGACGACGACCGCUCAGUCCGUACAACAAGUCCCUCCUUGUGAGGACCGAACCUCGCCAAUGGACUCGUAUAUAUACUCGCCAGGAUGCUCAACAACGCCUUCAUCAUCCGGCAGCUUGCCCGCCAACUGGACGCAGAGCCCGACCCGUCAUCGACCAUGUCAGCACCGAUGAGGGAACGCCUGCAUUCCGAGCCUGUGAUGGUCCCUGGUCUCCCUACAACUGGUCAGUAUUCCCUUGCAGGCUAUCUGGCUGCAUUUGUAGACCCGUUGAAAGCUUUCAUCGAGCGAGAGGCAGAGCAUCUGGCUCCGAUGGCGGUCAUCCGGCAGCUGAGACGGUCACCCAGUCCCUCACCACCCAGCUCAGUCGAGGGAGACGCAACGCCACACCCGAGUCCCUCACCGGAACCAUCAGACCCGAAGGAGGAGGAAGAGUCCGAGCAGCCGAGAAGGAGAACUAGGAGUAUCAGCUCGGUGUUCUCAUCAAUAUCCCUGCCGUCGCCCAGGCUUUCCCUGAGACGCCUCUCUGGUCUGCCCCAAGCAGGUAGCGAGAGGAAAAUAGAGCCAUAUGAAGUCUUCGCUGCGGUCGAGCGGAAGGACAUCACCUUUCUCAUGGAAGUCCGUGACAGGGCCUUCCACCUCCUUGUUCACAGACACGGUGGCGACACUCCCCUCCUCCACGCGAUGCGCUGCGGACCGGGCCAUCAGGAUGUAGCCAUCGUCAUCCUCGGGGCCUUCUCGCGCUUCAUCAACCACCUUUCCGACGAGGACUUCGUCCGCCCGGGGACGAAGAUCCUCCUGCGUGCGCUCCGCGUGAACCUGCGCGCUGCGAUCGACAUGGGGCUGCAUACGCGUCAGGUCGACCUGGUCGCGAGUUUUCUGCAGACGCUCGUCAUGAGCGAGGGCGAGCGGUGGGUGUCCAUGCAGGCAGCGAGCGUCGCCGCGGCGAUGCGCAGGGAGACGGAGGACAAGCCGGUGAAGACCGCGGAGAAUGCGGUGAGGGGCUUCGCGACGAAGGAGCUCGGAAAGGCGAACACCAUCAUGACUUGCGAGGACUACAUCGCGAACGCCACGGGUGACCUGCUCAUGAUGGGCGCGUGGCAUGCCGCAGUGGAAGCUGGCGUAGAAGGCGAGCUUAUACCUACUUGGUACUUCGCCCGCGAUGAUCGCGUGUACCGGGCGUUCGCCGAGCGCUUGAAGGAACACAAGAAAGAGCUCGAGCAGCGUUGUAGUAAGCGGCUCAAGUGGCAACUGAGGUUACUCGACUUUGCCAUGGCGCAGAGGGCGAGUACUUGGCAUCAAAAGGUUGGGAUGGUGGAGCAAGAGUUAGAUCACGGAGAAGGUGUAAACUAGCACAGACAAUAGCUCGGACGCUGUGAUAUCCCUGCUUUUCUCUCCGUUGUACUGCUUGUUCUCUGUAUCUGUUCUGAUCGUUUCCUAUUCCCUAGGCCGCCAAGGACAAUACAGUGUAUCCCACAGUGUAAUCUAUCUGCAUUUCUAGCUGCUCCACGAGC